GCCUGAGCCUGCGGGAAAGACAGAUUUGAUUAUCACCCAAUGACAGUGCCUGGGUCUUUCACCAUCUCCAGCAAGCAUUGUGAAAGAAUUGAGUGAAACGUUGCCAUGCUAAGUCUUUAAGCACAAUACUGAACAGAAGUGGGGAGAGCAAAUAACCUUGUCUUACUUCUGACUUGUUUUGUAAUUGAGGAUGAGUUUGGGAUCAUGAUCCUACUUCCACCUGCGGAAGACUGAGAUUACAGCUCAUGUGUGGCAGUCAGAGAAUAACUUGCUAGAGUGAGUGCCAUGCUUCUGUCCUGUGAGUAUAGAAUAUGCAAGUCAGAUCAUCAGACUUGAUGGCACAUCCUUUUACCCAUUGGUCCAUCUAACUGGCUGUCCAGUGUGUAUACUUUUCAAGAGGAAACACCAGAUGGAUUGAAGAUCUCACCAUAAGGCCUGAGAGUAUGUAACCUAUGUAUGGAGCUCAGAGGACAGUUUGUUUGAGUCAGUUCUUUGCUUGCAUCCUGUGAUUACACAUUCUGGAUGUCAGAUCAUCAGGCUUGGUGGUACAACCCUUUGCCCUCUGUGCCUUCUUACUAGCCCUCCAGUAUAAACAUUCUGAAGAGGCAAAUGUGAUUUGAUAAAAUGUCCUCAACAUGGAUCAAAUGUUUUUGUAUUCUGACUUUGGUACUUCUUCCUUAUUUUGUUGCAGAGUCUGCUGUUGCAAGUCCAGAGAGUCUUAGAAAAGUGCCAAAUUGUACCUUGUAUAAGAGUGAAUCUGACUGCUCCAGAACCCUGAUUCCAGUUUGUGCAGAUAAUCUAAUGACAUAUUACAAUGCAUGUUACUUCUGCCUAGAAAAAUUAGUAUCACCAAUUAAAUAUAAAUACCAUGGUAUUUGUACUAAAGAAUAAUGGUUUCAUGGUGGUUCAUGCAAUCAAGUGGAAUGUUCUCAACCGGUGGCUUAAAUUCCUAAUCAACAAAUGAAUUCGUCUAUGAUUCAUAAUGUGGCAUAGAGAAGAUUAAAGAGUCUUUCCAAUGUGAACCUGAGAUUAAAUAAUAUUGAAUGAGAGUUGAACAAGAAAGGGUUUUAUCAGGUUGCCAAAUGUUUAGUUGAGAAAUUAUAUCUACUGGAAGAAACAUAUAUUCACACUAAAAGGUAAAUUUCAUCUGUUACAUAUACAUGUUAGGCCUGUUUUAUUUUCAAUGAUCUGAUGGUGA